AUGGAGGUGUUUUUGUCCAAGAUCACCAACCAGGCUAUGAACUAUGCUAUUCGGUCUGGCAUAAGUAUCACCGCGACAUAUGCAAUCCAACAGUCAACCAGACUGCUCAAAAAUGUUGGAGGCACCGAACGAACAGAACUGCUGGCUUUGCAACAGAGGCUUCAAAGCAAGAUUACGGUCAUCUCGCCUGCAAUAGACAUGAUUGAGUUGAUAGCUGCCAGAGGAAACACAUCACUCGAAUCUGCCGUUUCCCUUACCAAAGCAAUAAGACACGACAUACAAUCACUUGCACGACGACUUGAAAAAGCAGCGUCGGCAGAGGAAUUAGCCCACAGAGGAGCAUUAUCAUCCAAAGCACGAGCCCAGAACGAGAUUGAGAUUAAACUCAUUAUAACCGAUAUUCGUAGGGUGCUAGAAAGAAUUGAGGACGCAGUACCAUUAAUGAAUCUGGCAAUUACGACAUCUGGCGCUAGACUUUCCACGACUCUACCAUCCACGGUUUCGCCAUCUCGCUUGCUACAGGCCAGCACUUUUCUGAGUGCAUGCGAUACACAAUACUCGAUUAAGCCUUUUAGGGCUGUACAAGUCGGUCCAACUUUUACGCUAUCAAUGUACAUGCUUUUUAGCGGGCACAUAAGGCAUUUUGAUGAAGAGAACAUUCGCGAAACGACGUGGAAGGAAGUCAUACACAAAGCCCGCGUGAAACUGAGGAGAGUUCCCAUGGACGUCUUUGCUGAUACAUCGGAACAAAAAUCGAACAAAUCUGAUCUUCCUGCUACGGCAAGGGUAGACGAAUUUGCCUAUCAGAUUUUGAUUGUCGAGGAUCUGGACGACGACAGAGUGCAUAACUUCGAAGAUAAUGAAGCGCACCCUGCACCCUACGAAGGAGUUAAACUUGCUGGCCUGCGAGAAAUUAUUCCUGUUCACCAAAUAUCCAAGAUUUUCUACGCAGACACUGGUAAGAUGCUCAACAUUGGAAGUGAGGGUGAAACCAACAGCCCGGUGCUACUGCUCAAGCGAGAUAUCAAUGCUAUCCCACCACGUCGAAUGAUUGAUAGGAAUGAAACUAUGUACAGUGAACUGAGCGAAGAGGCUCUGGUUGAGGAGACAAAUGAGAAACAGGCGGCAAGAGAUGAAUUACAAGAACAACUUGACGCGCAAUUGAACGCCACACAACCGGAGGAAGAGGAGUUGGGUUAUUUUAAAUCUUUGUCUGAACGCCAUAUACCUGCACCUUGGCGUCUGCCACCUGGCUUGGAUCCGGAAUGGGUGGCUUUUGAGGUCUAUCAAGAGGAAGACAAAGAUGAAGAUGAGACUGAUGUCGAUGAUGAAGAAGAGGCCACUGACGCUGCAUCCCAGAUGGCGAACCUGAAACUUGACGAUCAGAAAGACUCUUCGACACAGCAAAUUUCAUUCUCAUCUCAUGAUCUAUCAGCGUCCACGGCCUCCAACCCCCUCUUCAACAACAUCCGUACUUCACUAUCUCUCCUUGAGACCCUGCUCCGCCUCACAUCACUCCAACAAUUCCAACAACAAUCCCAUCUCUCAAUCACCGACGAACUCCUCAACUUCUUCCUCGAGGAAUCCUCCAGCACCGGCGCGGGAGGCGACGAGCAACAUCGCCAGCGCGUGCGCGCCGAAGCAAGGCGGAAAGUAGGCUGGGACCCAUACGAUGAGUCACCACUAAAGCGUCGCGGGGAGGAUUAUCAGUAUCAGUACAAUGACGAUGGUCAUUGGACGCCGACAGGGACACCGGCUCGAUAUGCGUAUCGAGAGUCUAGUGUCGAUCCUGCGUCGCCUGGUGCUUCGGAAGAGCAGUAUCAGACACGGUCGUCGCGAGAGCAGACACCGCCAUUGUCAUCGCCGGGUCUGCCCAGGCAGACCGUUAGACAGGGACUUGCGGGCGGAAAGAAGGGCAUUGUGCCUAGAGUAUCGCCGUUGUCUAGGCGGCCUACUACAGCGCUUACAGAUGAGGGUUUGGGGACAAGUCCUAGCGUUGGGCAGGAGUCUGCAACACAGUAG